AAGAGUAUCCUCACCCUUCGAUUAGCAGCAAAAGAGCUUUCGAAUGGACUCUGGAGAAGAUCGUCAGGUCCAACACUUCCGAUUUCAAGAUUCUCUUGCUCCACGUCCAAGUCACCGACGAAGACGGUUUUGAUGACGUUGACAGCGUUUAUGCUUCCCCUGAUGAUUUCAGAAGCAUGAGAGAAACUAACAAGGCUAAAGGUCUUCACCUUCUCGAGUUUUUCGUUAAAAAAUGCCAUGAGAUUGGGGUUGCUUGCGAGGCCUGGAUUAAGAUUGGUGAUCCCAAGGAUGUUAUUUGCAAAGAGGUCACCCGAGUCCAACCUGAUUUUCUCGUUGUUGGAAGUCGUGGUCUUGGCCGCUUUCAAAAGGUCUUUGUGGGGACUGUGAGCGCGUUCUGUGUGAAACAUGCCGAGUGUCCAGUUUUGACGAUCAAGCGCAAUCCCGAUGAAACUCCCAGUGAUCUAGCUGAUGACUAAAUAACAACAACGUCCCUUCUUUUGUGUCUACAAAAGUCCAAAUUUAUACCUUCAAUAUUUGUUAUCUCUCUGUGUGUGUUUGUAUUAUGUAUGUGUGCAGUCUGAUACUUUUUGGAACUGGUUUUCAAACUUAACCAACUGCUAUGAUAUAUUUGAUAUUUGUUUAAUUUUUUCA